AUGAGUGAACCACCGGCAUCGGUGACGGAGCCCCCGCGCAUUCAGGUUUUGCCUGCCGACGUGGUGAACAGAAUUGCCGCAGGUGAGGUCAUCCAGCGUCCAUGCAAUGCAGUCAAGGAAUUAAUUGAGAACAGCCUUGACGCCCGCAGCACAAUGAUUCAGGUGAACCUCCGGGAAGGUGGUCUCAAGAUGAUUCAAGUGCAGGACAACGGCCACGGUAUCCAGCCUACCGACCUACCUAUUCUCUGUGAGAGGUUUCUCUUAAGCCUGCCUUGUGGAAGGUUUGCUGGUGAGCGCUACUUUUUCCCCCGACAGGAAUUCGAGGAUCUCUCGCAUCUGGUGACGUUUGGUUUCAGGGGUGAAGCACUGGCCAGCCUGAGCUACGUCGCGCGUCUCAGUGUGACCACCCGACCUGCUGGCCGGUCCUGCGCCUACAGGGCGGAAUACAGCGAGGGAAAACUGACGGCAGCGCCUCGAGUCUGCGCCGGCAAUCCGGGAACGAGUAUUCACGCCGAGGACCUCUUCCGCAACGUCCCCAUCCGCAGAGAUGCCCUCAAGUCGCCGCGGGAGGAGUUUGUGCGUAUUGCUGAGAUUGUUGCAAGAUACAGCCUCCACUACGCUGGGAAAUGCGGCUUCUUCCUUCGUUCACUUGACCGACGAACCGGUGUUGGAGCGAGUCCUACGCCAAUCGGCGGCGAUUUGCGCACAACCAAGGACUGGACAAAGGUUGAUGUAGUUAGGGCAGCUUUUGGUCAAAGGGCGGCAGCAGACCUCCUUCCGAUUUCGCACGAUCAGCACUUCGAUGUCAGUUCAGUGCGUCUAGCCGUAGAUAGAUUGGGACUUAAAUUUGAAGGCCUCCUAUCCAAUCCCAGCCAAGUCACCUCAGAGGGAUCACCUUCCAUUCAACUGGUCCUCUUUGUAAACAACCGCCUCGUUGAAUGCGCCUCCAUAAAGCGCGCCGUUGAGGCGGCCUACGCAGCACUGCUGCCACACCGAGCCGCGCAACUUUGCAUCGGCCAGGCCCGCGCCUCGGCCGCCUCCUCCGCGGCGUCGUUGUUCGUCUACCUGAGUCUCGAGCUGCCCACGACUUCGUUGGAUGUCAAUGUCCACCCCACCAAAGCCCAGGUCCACUUUCUCCACGAGGACGAAGUCAUCACGUGUGUUCGUGAUGCCAUCGAACACUUCUUAUUAAGAUCCUCUGGUUCACGAAGCCUCUCAAUUCACUCACUCAGUCUCAAAGACGUUGGGUGUACUCGGGAGCCGUCGUCAACACCCCCAUCUUCCCUGCCCAAACAAUCUCGACUCGAGCCUUUUUCACAAAGGCCGGGGGGUUGCGUGUCCUCAGCCAGCCCAAUUUGCCGGCCUGAGCGACUAGUGCGUACUGACGUUCGUGCACAACGUCUUGAGGCGUUUUUGAACCGCCCACAGCCGUUGGCUGAAAAGCCAAGACCACCAAGUCCUGAUGUUGAAUCAGACAGUGGAGAUGAUAACUCUGUUUCAGCUGAUUCGCCUCAUCGCACACGCGACAAGUUUCAUGCUUCCACUCCACGUGCCGAGUCUACGUCCUCUCAAAACACCACCUCCGAAGACAAUUACUUGCAGACAAGUGACUCAGUCAAGUCGCCUGAUGUGAUUUCACGGCUUAACAUGUCUAAAACAGGUACGCGUAGAACAGUUAAAGCGGUUUUAGAGCGUAAAUUGGCCGGUAACAAACGGCGACCUGUUCUAUUGGAGUCGGUCCUGACGAUGCGCGAGGCCAUAGAGGCCAGAGCAUCGGUGGACGCGCGUAGCCUCCUGCGCGAAUGCGUUUUUGUCGGGUGUGUGAGUCGGUCCAAUUGCCUCGUGCAGCAGUCGACUAACCUCCUCCUAAUGCGUCUUCACCCCCUUGUCAAGGAGCUUUUCUAUCAACUCCUAGUUGCCAAUUUCGCAAACCACGGAGAGAUGGUAUUAAAUCCAUCCGCACCUGUUGGGACCUUACUGAAUCUGGGCUUGAGAAGGGCAAUGCCCGACUCUUCGCCCGCUGAGGUGACUGCGUUCGCAGACAAAGGGUGCUCAAUUCUUUCUAAGCGAGCCAACAUGCUGUGGGAUUAUUUCUCCCUGAAGCUGCAACCCGACGAACAUGGAAUAUUGCAUUUACACAGCCUCCCCGUUUUGCUUGAUCGAUUUAUCCCAAACUUGAAUCACCUUCCCACAUUCUUGACUCGGCUUGUCCGAGAAGUGAAUUGGAACGAGGAGGGAGCUUGUUUCGAGGGCAUCUGUCGCACUACUGCCAGUUUUUAUGCCAAACGCAUCAAAGAUACCGUGAGGCUGAAGCCACUUCUAGAUAAGAACUGUGAUUUGACCAUUGCGAAUUCUCCUGGCUCCUCCGCAGAUGGGUCCGAAAUUGACGAGGCGAAAACUCCAACUUGUGAGGGCGCUGCGCCCUGGAGUUGGACCGUGGAGCACGUGCUGCUGCCGACGAUUCGUACGGUUUUGCUGCCAACUCACACCAUGUGUUUCCCCACAAAAGACGAGAAAUCACCUGCCCUCCUUAAGCUCACAUCACUACCAGACUUGUACAAGGUUUUUGAACGCUGUUAG